AUGGAAACAAUGGAUCCCUUCCUUUAUAAAGAGCUUAAAAAUUGCGAUGCGAAGCGAUGUUGGGCAUUGGUAAAAAAUGUCAUUGGUGUCCAGUUACUUGAUGAUGAUGUUAUUAUGAUACCUUUCCUUCCGGAGGGAAAAUUUUACGAUCUGGGGCGUGUCAUAGUGAAAGAGGAAAGAUCUCCAAUGCAGAAAUUGGCGCGGAUCCCACCAGGGGCUCUAGCCAUUGGAAAGCUUACCGAUUUCGUUAAGGACGAAGUUAUUCAUGGUGCCUUCAACAGACUAAGUGAAAUGCAGAAAGUCGAAACAGCACACAAUCCACGUUACGUGUUCGAAGAGUCCGAUAUGAAACACGGUGUCAAAAAAACAGUUCGAGUGGAAAUACUUGGUACUGAUCAUUACGCAUUGUGGAGCCUACCAGAGAACAACAGUUUGGUGGUAGAUUUUGAUAACAGAGGAUUUCCGUAUGUGAAGAAAUUUUACCUUCUAUACGAUGUGUUUUAUGCCCGACAAAUCAAUGUGUAUGUUCGGAUAAAUGAUGAAGUGGAUGAGUUUUGCAUUAGAGAGAGAACCCCAAUUGGAUUCCGUCUGAAGCGAUAUAAGAUCCAAUCAAAUGGCUUGAUAGGUCCUACGAAGGAUAUUUCCAACAAAAAAUGGAACGUCCACUGGAUCAAGAACACCAUGUUUAGAAAUCCCAUGGACGCCCUUCCAAAUGUUCCGAACAGCGGCCGCAGUCGGUGACCAUUUUCCUGUUUCUUGUUCCUUGGAUCCAAACUGGUCUCGAGAAAGAUGCUUUAUAUCUCCAAUAUAUGGAAUCUUCAUUUUAUUUACUGACCCAUUAUCAUUGUGAAAUUGCACUUAUUAUUCAGAAAAAUAAAUUAGUAAAGAUUUU